CGAAAUCGCAAGCAGACUUUCGUUAGAAGCUCAAAAAAUUUCUUCCUUCUCCGCCUAAGAUCGCCGGCUUCGGCCACGUUCAAAGACGCCGAUAAUGGCUGGCAGCCACCUUCCGCCGGCUGAGCUGACCACCAGCGGCCGCCCUGUCCUCUUCCCCCAUGAAAUCGAGUGCUUCUUACUCUCCAACGUUGACUUAGAAUCGGAGGACUCCCAGCAGCUCAACUUCUCCAUCCGCCUCAGAUCGGGCCUCCUCAUCCUCACCACGCACCGCCUCAUCUUGCUCCCCCCCGAUCCCGUCCCACCCGGCUCCAAGGGCGCGUGGGUCCCACUCGCCGCCAUCUCCCACAUAUUCUCCUCGAAGAAGUCCCUUAAGUCCAUGUUCCACUCUCCUCGGCUCUCUUUCCAGCUCUCCGUCGGCACGGAUGGCUGUAUCGACACGGGAGGCUCGGUACGAGGCUCCAGGUCGGCGGUGAUGACGCUGGUGAUAAGGGGCAAGGCCGAUGUGGACGCUUUUGUGGGGAAGUUCUGGGAGAACUGGAGAGCCAGGGCUUGGGAGAAGAACAGUGAGGAGACAGGGAGUUCUGGCUCUGCCGGUUCGAGUCUCGGGUCAGGGUCAGGCUCAGGAGGGUUCGAUUCGACCGGGAUGAGGGUGGUCGGUGUGGCAGGGAUACUGAGGAGGGAGCAGGAAAUUUGGGAGAGCACUGAUAAGAGUUUGCAGGAAGCUUUCCAGGACUUGAAUGCUCUCAUGGGCAAAGCCAAGGAGAUGGUAAUGCUAGCAGAGAAGAUGAGGCAAAAACUCUUGUCUGGUUCAUCUCAAGCUGGUGGAGGAAAUGAUGAAGAAAUGGGUUCAAAAGAAGAAAUGCAAGACUGGUUGUUGAGUGUUGGUAUCAUAUCUCCAGUUACAAAGGAGUCAGCUGGUGCUCUGUAUCACCAACAACUGUCCCGGCAGUUAGCAGAUUUUGUUAAAAUUCCGCUAGAGAGAUCUGGGGGAGUGAUCAACCUUAUCGAUGUAUACUGUCUUUUCAAUCGUGCUCGGGGCACAGAAUUAAUCUCUCCGGAGGAUUUGUUGCAAGCAUGUUCUCUUUGGGACAAAUUUGAUAUUCCAGUGAUGCUUCGGAAGUUUGAUAGUGGAGUCAUGGUCAUUCAAAGCAAGUCCCAUAGAGAUGAAGAGGUUUUUGCUAGAAUCAAGACCCUAGUGACAAGGCCCAAUGCCCUGCGAAUGGGUAUAAGUGCAAGUGAUGCUGCAAUAACACUUGGCAUUGCUCCAGCAAUGGCAAAGGAGCAUCUGUUAACUGCUGAGAGCCGAGGUCUACUGUGCCGGGAUGUGAGCCCCAAUGGGUUUCGGUUUUAUAUCAACCUGUUUCCUGAGAUCAGUGUAGAUGCUCUCUACAUAGUGGGAAGUCAUGGGAUUUAUGCUACAUGGAUCAAUACAAUAUCUACUUCUGGGUUGGGAUGAGGAACAAGAUCUUAGAUUCGAAACUUAGCACGGAGAUGGAGGUAGUUUCAUGUAUGUAACGCAUGUCAAACAUGAACCUGAAAUGUCCAAUGGUCACACUAACAUUUCUUCUGGAGGUGGUCUUGCGGAAAUUAGCUUUCCCUAUCAGGAUUCAAACUCCGGUCAACCUUGUCAGGGGAGGCAGAGAACGGAGCUCAGGAUUCGGAGCCACUUUUUUUUGCUGGACCGAUCACUUUUCUGAAUAAAAUGCAUUAUUAUGGUUGAUCAGUCAUUUCAUUGUCUUAUCUCAAGACGGCCUUAAGAGGCACAAUGCUUUGAUUCGAUUGAUCUUUUAUAUAUAUUUAUAGGGAAAAUGACAUUAUUGGUCCUAUAUGUAUGGCAUUUUUUGAUUUUGAGUCCUAAAAGUUUGACAAAAGGUAACAAAGUCAUAUAAGUUUUCAAAAAGUGUCAGCAUUGGUCCUAAAUCUGGACUUAAUGACGUCAAGUGGCCGUUAAUUCAAUGACGUAGCAUGUUCUUAUUGGAUCGAUUUGAAAUCUACCUGUCUUGCUCAUGCCAACCCGACUUGCUCCAGGGAAUACUCGACCCACCAUAAUUCCCAAAAUCUGGUCGGCUUUGAAACCAACCCCACUGGAAGCUAAAUUCCCAAAAUCUCAAACCCAGCAAUGGAGGAUUGUGGAAGAGACUGAAGACCUUCGCCGAGGAAGCGGCCAAGAAGUCCCAAACCCUCACCAAUUUCGCCAAGCUCUUCGAUCUGAUCUCCGAGACCACCUAGAAGUCCAAGGAUCUUGCCGUCGAAGCCUCCAAGGUCGUUGGCUCGGAUGUAGAAGUCAGGUCCUUCUCUGAUGCCAUCGCCCCGCAGAUCACUAUCUUCUUCACCAAUGCUGGCCCAGAGCUCGACGCCAAGGAGCUCGGGGUCACCACUGAUCUGAGGGACUUCGUCCCUUGACCACCAUGACCUUCCAAUUUGCGAUUCGGAAAAAAUGAUUCGGAUUUCAUCUAGUUCAGUUUGCGAUUCCCAAUCUAGGGUUUCUGAUUCGGAUUGUUUUUGAUCUUUUCUGCAAUUUUUGUUUUUAUGGACUCAUCGUGUAACAUUGACCAUGCUGAGCACGCCAAGCUAUUGGAUUUGUGAGAACUUUUCGAUGCA